AACCGACCCCAGCCUCUUGUGAGCGGCAGUGGUGCCGGAAGCAGUCUAGCCUACAGAAUUAUGGAUUCAUUAACAGUGUCUACCAUAACAGCAUCUGACAACUAUGACCAUAAUGGUCCACCCACUAAUGAAUUGACAACAGCAAACCCAGAGGCACGUAUCAAUGAAAGUUCACCCACUAAUGAAUUGACAACAGCAAACCCAGAGGCACGUAUCAAUGAAAGUCCCCAUCCUGAUGACCUGGUGGAAGUCGUCAUCGAUACAGACACCGACGACAUUCCCCACACAAGUGAACUGACAGGAGGAACCAAGGAGGCUUGUAUCUAUGAAAGUGUGUCAGAACGACUUUCCAGGUUUGAAGAUUAUGAAAAUGCUGAAUAUGUCGCUUCAUAUGACAACAAGAUUAAGAAAAUUGUUCAUUCAAUUGUAUCAUCCUUUGCAAUUGGAAUAUUUGGAGUUUUCCUGAUCUUAUUGGAUGUGGCUCUGAUCUUUGCUGACCUAAUUUUCACUGAUAGCAACGUUUAUAUUCCUUUGGAGUAUCGUUCUAUUUCUCUAGCUAUUGCCUUAUUUUUUCUCAUGGAUGUUCUUCUUCGAGUAUUUGUAGAAGGAUGGACACGUUUAUUUCGACUUCUACGACUUAUCAUUCUGAUAAGAGUUUUUCAUCUGGCUCAUCUAAAAAGACAACUUGGAAAGCUGAUAAGAAGGCUGGUUUCAGGAAACAAAAGGCGAUACAAAAGGGAUGGAUUUGACCUAGACCUCACUUAUAUUACUGAACGUAUUAUCGCUAUGUCGUUUCCAUCUUCUGGAGGCCAGUCCUUGUAUCGGAAUCCGAUUAAGGAAGUUGUACAGUUUCUAGACAAGAAACAUCCAAACCACUAUCGAGUCUACAAUCUAUGCAGUGAAAGAGCUUAUGAUCCUAAGCAUUUCCAUAAUAGGGUCAGUAGAAUCAUGAUUGAUGAUCAUAAUGUCCCCACUCUAUGGGAGAUGGUAGCAUUCUCCAAGGAAGUAGAGGAGUGGCUGGCUCAAGAUCCUGAAAACAUCAUAGUGAUUCACUGUAAAGGAGGCAAAGGAAGAACUGGAACUAUGGUUUGUGCCUGCCUGAUUGCCACUGAAAUAUUUUUAACUGCAGAGGAAAGCUUGUACUAUUUUGGAGAACGGCGAACAGAUAAAACCAAUGGCACUAAAUAUCAGGGAGUAGAGACUCCUUCUCAGAAUAGAUAUGUUGGAUAUUUUGCACAAGUGAAACAUAGCUACAACUGGAAUCUCCCUCCAAGAAAGACACUGUUUAUAAAAAGAUUCGUUAUUUAUUCGAUUCAUGGCGAUGGAUAUGAUCUAAAAGUCCAAAUAGUAAUGAAGAAAAAGAUUGUCUUUUCCUGUACUUCCUUAAACAAUUGUCGGGUAUUUCAUGACACUGAAACAGACAGGGUAAUAAUUGAUGUGUUCAACUGUCCACCUCUGUGUGAUGAUGUGAAAGUGCAAGUUUCCUCUUCGGAUUUUCCUAAAUACUAUCACAACUACCCUUUUUUCUUCUGGUUUAACACAUCUUUAAUACAAAAUAACAGGCUUUAUCUACAAAGAAAUGAAUUGGAUAAUCUUCAUAAACAAAAAACAUGGAAAAUGUAUCAACCACAAUAUGCAGUAGAGACGUAUUUUGAUGAGAAAUGA